GGGAUGGGGUCAGGAAGGGGCUGCGACCGGGGGGAGGGAUCCCUUUGACCCGAGGGCCUCCGCCCCAUUGGCACCUCUGUUUGGGCCCCCGGACCUUCCACCAGGGUAAGUAGUGGGUGUUGCGUAUUACUACAGACAAGGAAACUGAGGUUCGCCGAGAAGAAGGAAUUUAGAGCUGGGCCUCAGAGGCUUCCCAGUCUGACCCCCUUCCUUUGACAGCGAAGGAAACUGAGGCUCUCCGAGGUGAAGGGACGCGGCCCAUGGUCAGAAUCACUAUUUGAACCCAGGGCCGCCCUCACGCAGACCCUCCUGGGGACCUCCCAACCCAGGAUCAUCCCCUGAGCCCGCAGAAAAACUGAGACUCGAACAGGAGCCUGGGUUUCUGUGGCCGCAACGAUCAAGGGAGGAUGUGUGAGGAAGGGGACCUCAGUUUCCCUUUUCGUUAAAGGGCGUGAACGCGUGCGCACGGGUUAAGCCUUUCCCUCACCCCUCCAGUCUCCGCUACCCAGAAUUCCUCGGGGCGGGGGAGAGGGAGGGGGAAGGAGGAAUGAUCUCGGCCUCGAGUCGGGGUGGGUGUGGACCCCAGGCAUCCAGCUCGAUACGGAUCCACCCUCCUCCCCCAACCCAUCGGAGGAGAGAUGGUCACUCGACAGACCAGAACCUGGGCGUCAUCCGGCCAGGAAGCUGUGACCUUCAGGGAUGUGGCCGUGGUCUUCACCUGGGAGGAGUGGGGGCACCUGCACCCUGAGCAGCAAGACCUGUAUAGAGAGGUGAUGUUGGAGACCUAUGAGAUCCUCGUGUCCCUGGGACUUUUGGGAUGCAAACCCACUGUGAUCUCCCGGCUGGAGAGGGGAGAAGCACCUUGGAGGCCAGAAAGAAGAGACUACCAAAGCCGCUGUCUAGACUCCUGUAGUCAGAAGGAGAAGUGUCUAACUGAAGAGCUUUCUCCAGAAGAGAGCAUUUCUGUAACAGAAUUAUCCACGCAAGGUCUUGCAAAGGAUAGCAUCGGGGACUCCAGAUUUGGGGAAGCUUGGGAAUAUCCUGUUAGGUUAAAGAGACAGAACGAGAACAAGAAGCAACAAUCCAGGCAGCUACCCAUCACCAGUGAAAAAACUGGUAAUCUUUUAAGUAAAUAUAAUACAUUGGAGCAAAGCUGCAAUGUGGAAUCACCCUUUAAUUCAUUUCCAGUGAUUUGUUCAGGAAGAAGUUUCCAGAAACAUGCUACAUAUGGACGGAGUUUCAAAUUAUUUUCUGACCGAAUUCAGUUGAAUAGAAUCUCUUCAGGGAAGAAGGUGCAUAAGUAUGAUAAGUACAGUGAUUCCUCCAGUUAUUGUCCAGACCCUAUUCAACAUCAAAGAAAGCAUGCAAUUCCAAAGCUAUCUGAAUGUAAUGACUGUGGGAAAAUCCUUGGGAACAGCUCAUCCCUAAGGAAACAUCAGCUAAUUCAUACUGGAAACAAACCCUUUGAAUGCAAUGAGUGUGGGAGAGCAUUCACUCAGAAGGGAAACCUCACUAAACAUCAGCGAAUUCAUACUGGAGAGAAGCCCUUUGAAUGUGAUGAAUGUGGAAAAGCUUUCAUUCAGAGGGGAAGCCUUAUUGAACACAAGAGAAUCCACACUGGUGAGAAGCCCUUUACAUGUAGUGAAUGUGGGAAAAGCUUCAACCGGAAGACAAACCUUAUGGGACAUAACAGAAUUCAUACGGGAGAAAAGCCAUAUGGAUGUAGUGAUUGUGGGAAAACCUUUAACAAUCGGUCAGCCCUCAGGACACACCAGAAAAGUCAUACUUCAAAGAAAACCUUUGAGUGCAAUGAAUGUGGGAUGUUCUUUAACCAAAGAGGGAACUUUACCAUGCAUCAGAGAAUUCAUUCUAAAGAGAAGUUCUUCGAAUGUGUUGAAUGUAAGAAAACCUUCAGCCAGAGAGAAAGACUUAUUGAGCACAAAAGAAUUCAUACUGGAGAGAAACUGUACAAAUGUAACGAUUGUGGGAAAGUCUUUAGCAAAUACAUGUCCCUCAAGAGGCAUCAUCUAAUUCAUACUGGAAAGAAACCAUUUGAGUGCAGUGUAUGUGGGAUAGCUUUCAAUCAGAGAGGCAACCUCAUUAAACAUCAGAGAACCCAUACUGGGGAAAAAGCCUUUGAUUGUAAUGAAUGUGGGAAAGCCUUUAGCCAGAGGGUAACCCUUAUUGAGCACAUGAGAAUUCAUACUGGAGAGAAACCUUUCACUUGUAAUGAAUGUGGGAAAAGCUUCAACUGGAGGACAGUUCUCACUGAACAUAAGAAGAUUCAUACUGGAGAGAAACCUUAUGAAUGUAAUGAAUGUGGGAAAAGCUUCAAGAGUACCUCAACCCUUAGAUCCCAUCAAUUAAUUCACACUGGAGAGAAACCCUUUGGGUGUUGUGUAUGUGGAAAAGCCUUUAGCCAGAAGGGAAACCUUACUGUACACCAGAGAAUUCAUACUGGUGAGAAGCCAUUUGAAUGUAAUGAAUGUGGAAAAGGCUUUGACCGAGGAGCAGCCCUUAUUGAUCAUAAAAGAAGUCACACUGGAGAAAAGCCAUAUGGAUGUGAUGAUUGUGGGAAAGCCUUUGCUACAGGAUCAUCUCUCAGGUCACACCAGAUAAGUCAUGUUGGAAAAAAAACUCGUUGUUCUGACUGAGGGAUGACAUUAGUCACUAUGGUAAUCUUUCCACACAUCAGAGAACUCCUGCCAGAGAGAAGCCAGAGAGAAGAAUACAUUGAAUGUGAGAAAUCCUACAAGCAGAAGGAAAUCUUUACAGAAUACUAGAAAAUUCACACUGAAAAAAAAUAAUAUAAAUAUAAUUGUUGUAGAAAAGCCUUCAUCACAAAUUCCUAAUGUAGGAGCCAUCAACUAAUUCAUAUUGGAAGAAAGCCGCCCCCCCCCCCCGCCUUUUUUUGCAGGGCAAUGAGGAUUAAGUUACUUGCCCAGGGUCACACAGCUAGUAAGUGUCAAGUGUUUGAGGUCGGAUUUGAACUCAAGUCUUCCUGAUUCCAGGACUGGUGCUUUAGCCACUGUGCCACCUAGCUGCCCCCCCCCCGAAAGCCCUUUUAGUGCAAUGACUGUGAAAAGGCUUUCAGUAGCUGCUCAUUCCUCAUGAAGCAUCUUAAGAUUUACUUGGGAAAUCAGCCUUUUGCAUAAAAAUCCUAUGGGAAAGACUUUGACCUGAGGAUAACUCUUAUUGCACAUCACCAGCUGCAUCAUGGAGUGAGAUCCUUUUGGUUGCAAUGGAAGUGGAGAGGCUUCACUAUCCACCUCUCUAUAGCAGAGAAUUCAGAGUGAAAAGAAAUCCUGUAAUUGUGAGUGAUUAAGGGAAGGAUACUCUUCCUUUAUCAGAAGGAAGUAGAGGAUGCCAAGGAAAGGAAAAAAGGAUCUGUAAGUCAUUCAUCACAGGUGAAUCUCAGGUCAUGAUCUGGAUGAAGGAGCUGGUAUAACCCAUGACCCCCGAUUUUCUGUAACUCUUCAUAACUUUGUAUAAUCAGGGUGACCCUGAUUAUGUUAUCAUAAAUUGAUGAACAAGUUUACUUAAUAGUAAAAUCUGUUAUUUUUGGCAAAAAAUAUACUUGUUAUCAUUAACCAAUGGAUUCCAUCAUAAUUAAAAGCUUAAAAUAGAGCAGAUUCCAGAACCUGAAGGAAAGCCGUAUUGAACCCAAGUAGCCCAUCCUUAGAUUCCUCUCUAUUCUGUUUUCCUGUGCCCUGCCUAUUACACCACCCUACCUUUCCCCCCUCCUGUGAUAAAGCUAUGGUAUUGCAAGACUAAAACCUAUGUAGAAGCCCUUGUAUUGCAACUGCUCAAUCCCAUGGCUGAGACACAUUUGGUUUGAGAGUUAGGCAGAGAGGACCAGACUUAGGGAGUGUCUGCAGAAUUUGAAUGAUCUCUUUCACAUCAGCUUAUGCUCAUGGCUGGUGGGCCUGGAUAUGCCAGUUGAUCCAAAGAUACAAUAAAAAUCAAGGUAGCAGUGGGACUGCUCUCCAAAGGAAACUGAAAUCAUCAGGUCAACGUUUAAUAAACAUUUGUUGAAUUGAAAAAUUUGUGUUUGACUCUUUGUUCUAUGCUGUACAUAUACUGUUCCUCUAUCUCACCCCUUUCAUCCUCUCAAUUUCCAAUUCUUAGCUACCACAAA